UUUAAGUUUUUCUUAGUUUUACGACCCAUUUGCAAGCGAAAGAAAUCAUCCAAAAUGGUUGUCCUGCAGAGCACCAGCGCCAGUGCCACAUCCGCCUCAGCCGCCGCCGCCGGAAGCACCAAGGGUGGCCGCAAGAUAUCGUCCGCUGCUGGCGGCAACGUCCGGAAAAGGUACCGACACGCGUACCGGGUGAUGGUGGGAUUCGAACAGCGACCAUGGACCCCCACCAAGAGACGUGGCCCGAUCGCUGCCGAACAUCGAGGCCCUGGACCGCAAUAUCUGCUGCCACAAUUGCUCGGUACGAGAGUGGUCGAUUCCAAACGGGCGGCCGCUCCGGCAUACAGUUUCGGCCAGCGGCACCGGGCCCGGACCGAAUCCUUCAGUCCGGGUCCGCUGUACAACAUUACCGGGCUCGGCUGCAAAGGUAAAGACACCCCGCCGGCCUACUGUCUGCAGAGCCGGCCCAAGGAGAUCCCCAAGUACCUGACGCCGGCACCGGGCGAGUACAACAUCGAGAAGGCGGACCGGAUGCUGGUAAAAGCGGCCCCCCGGUACACAUUCGGCGUUAAGAAGCCCCCGAAAUCGACCAGCGAAACGCCAGCACCAUGUGAUUACAAACCAGAGAAAGUUGUUCUAGAUAACACCCCUAAAUUUUCAUUUGGGAUUCGCCCGGAAGUAAAAGUGCGUAGUGAAACUCCAGCUCCUGGAUCCUACUCACCGCAAAAAGUAUUAUUCGACAAAUCACCAAAGUAUAGCUUUGGCCUGAAAGUGAUUCCGGAAAAGUUCGAGGACAUCCCUGGACCGGGAUCUUAUCAGCCGGAAAAGUCCAGCCUACUGCUGGACCGGAAACCGGCCUUCACAUUCGGUUUGAAGACAAUCGCUGAAAAGCCCAGCCAAACGCCUGCCCCGUGCGCGUAUGAACCUGAAAAAACGAAGCUGGAUAACACCCCCUCCUAUAGCUUUGGUUUGAGGCCAAAUUUGGAGAAACCCAAUGCGAAUCCAGCACCUGGUCAGUAUGCACCGGAGAAGUCGAAGACCCUCGAGCACUCACCAGCCUAUCAAUUCGGCAUGCGCCUCAAUCAUGACAAGCCAAGCGAUACACCAGCUCCAACGGCUUACGCAGUAGAGAAAGUAAACCUAGCUCAUCAUCCGGCUUACAGUUUUGGGCAGCGAACAAAUGUGACCAAACCGAACAGCAAUCCUGCCCCGGGUGCCUACGCACCGGAAAAGGCCAACGCAGAGGGUGGUCCCAAGUAUAGCUUCGGAAUCCGACCGACAAUCGAUACCGUUGAUUCGGUGCCCGCUCCCGGAUCUUAUUCUCCCGAAAAGGCCAAGAUAGAUAGUAAUAGUCCCGCGUAUAGCUUCGGAGCGCGAAUCAAUCAUGAUAAACCAAGUGCCAAUCCCGGACCGGGAGCCUACGAUGCCGAUAAGGUGCUGGACAAGAAUGCACCUUGCUAUAGUUUCGGAGCCAGAACGAAUGUAGAUAAGAAAAGUGAUAUUCCUGGUCCCGGAGCCUACGAUACGGAUAAGUUAGUUGAUAAGACUCCUGCUUAUAGUUUUGGUGUUAAGACAAAAGGGGAUAAACCAAGUGAUAUUCCUGGACCUGGUGCAUAUGAUGCUGAUAAGGUUAUCGACAAGGGUACACCGGCGUAUAGUUUCGGAUUGAAAACAAACGUCAAUAAGCCGAACAAUGUACCUGGACCAGGAGCCUACGAUUCCGACAAAGUUGAUAAAGGCGCUCCUGCGUACAGUUUCGGCGCAAAAACGAAUCUCGACAAACCGAAUCAAGUACCCGGACCAGGAACUUAUGAUAGUGAUAAAGUGGACAAGACAACUCCAGGUUACAGUUUUGGCGUGAAGACAAAUCUAGAGAAACCCAACAAUGUACCAGGACCUGGUGCGUACAACUCCGACAAAGUAGUUGACAAAAAUACGCCAGCUUACAGUUUCGGUAUAAAAACAAGUACCGAAAAGUCUGAUAGCAUUCCAGGUCCCGGCACUUACAACUCAGACAAAGUUGACUCGGGAGCUCCAGCCUACUCCUUUGGUGUUAAAACGAAUGUCGACAAACCAAACCAAGUCCCUGGACCUGGUGCCUAUGACUCCGACAAAACUGUUGACAAAAUGCUCCAGCCCUACAGUUUCGGAGUGGGAAAACAAACGUCGAUAAAUACCUCACUUCCUGGACCAUGUACAUACGAUGUUGACAAAGUUGUAGACAAAUCAACUCCAGCUUACACAUUUGGGAUGAAAACCAACGUUGACAAAAAGGACAACAUUCCUGGCCCAGGUGCCUACAACAACGAAAAAAUCCUCGACAAGGAUACACCAGCAUACAGUUUCGGACUGAAAACAAACACCGAUAAAGUAGACAACACCCCAGCCCCAGGAUCGUACGCCCCGGAAAAGUGCAACCUGGACCAUACACCCCAAUACACUUUCGGCAUCAAGACAAACGUCACCCGAAAGGACACCAUUCCCGGUCCAGGAGCCUACAAAACGGAAACCGUCAAGCUGGACAACACUCCGGCCUUUUCCUUUGGAGUACGUCCAAAUAUCGAUAAAGUAGACUCUAACCCCGCUCCCGGAAGUUAUUCUCCCAAUGUGCCAAAAAUUCACAACCCAGCGUACACGUUCGGGGUGCGGCCAAAUAUCGACAAGGUUGAGUCUACUCCGGCGCCCGGGGAUUACAAACCGGAAACCGUGAAGCUGGACCACACCCCUGCCUACAGCUUCGGCACCCGACCUAGCAUCGAUAAAAUAGAACUGACUCCGGCACCCGGGGCCUACGAAGUGGAAAAAGUGAAGCUGGACCACGCUCCCGCCUACCAGUUUGGUAUCAAAACCAACCGGGAAAAGGUCAAUGAUGUACCAGCCCCCGGUUCGUACAAUCCGGAGAAAUGCAAACUGGAACACGCUCCUGCAUAUUCGUUUGGAAUCAGGCACAAAGGGGAAACGCUUAGGGAUACGCCAGCUCCUUCCGCCUACCGCCCAGAGCAAUGCAAAAUUGAUGUCGCCCCUGCAUUCACCUUCGGAAUGAAGGUAAAUCCCGAAAAGCUCAGUGAUAACCCAGUAUCAGAGUCCGCCGGAAACACAGUGACGACAGUCUCGGCAAUGAGCAAUGGCAACGGCACUUCCACCACUUCCGGCAACCAGGUUCAAACCUCCGCCGUUUCCGCCACAGCUUCCCGAAAAUUGACCACGGUGAUAGAAAACGGUGGCGGAAGUGGCACCGUUGCACUGAAGCAAUCUAGUAGCACCAGCAGCAGUGCCCAAAGUAGUUCUAUCCAACAGAAGCAACAGCAAAAUACCACUCAACAAGUGGUAGCCAACGGAAAUGGGGUCCUAACGACGACCACGACUACCAGCGGAAGUGUCAAGAUGACCCGGGAGAGGAAAACCGUCUGCGAAGAGCGGGUCAGCAAUGGCAGCAGCACCACAGUUAGCACAACCGAGGCCGUUGUCCCGAGUUGCAUUUCCGGUCAGGUGAAAUCGUCCCUACAGCAUCAGCGCAUGGUGUGCACCGGACACUUCCGGGCCUAAGAUGGGUUUCCUCCGAUUUCAUUCGUGUUUGAGAAAAAGAAACGUAGUGUUGUGUCUGUGUUGAUUUUCGUAAAAGUGUCGUAUAUAGAGUUUUUUGUGCUUCCUAUAGAUGAACUAGCUUUUAAAGUGCUUUUUAUUUGAAAUAAUGAACUCACAAAACCCUAAAAGUAUAAUAAGACAAAAAUACUGUGCACCUAAAA